CAAAAUUAGGAAAUUAUAAAUUAGAGUGCGCUUAAAAAGUUCAGUGACUAUGCAUUUAGAAAAAUAUUAGUUGUCACAAUCAAUUGAGAUUUCUAAGAAUUUGGGAAAAGGUUGGCGAACUGUGAUAGUGUGUGCGCCGCCUCUUUAAAUAUUGAUUUUGGGCCGAAACGAUUGUCUGGCGGUUGUUAGAAAAUUGUGUUUUUGAUAUUAACCACAGCAAGAAGUGACGGCAUGUUUCACAAGAAGUUUAUUAUGGAAGUUAUAUUUAUAAAUUAUAUAUAGAAAUGACCAGUUUGACUUUGGCAUUAGAUAAUAUCGAUGUUAGUGAAAAUACAGAGCAAAUAAGUAAACUUUUUCCCAAGUGCAGACCAAGAAGCGACAUUAAUUUAAAUCCUAUUAUUGCCUCGGGGAGAGACCAUGAAUGUGUUGAUAAUACAACAAAUACUGUCAUGAAUAUCGACAGUGAAAAUGAUAGAUGGAUAGCUGAUAGUUCCUGCAAUGUUAGUAGAGAUAAUAUAAGUCAGCUACACUCUACAGAUGAUGACGAUAUUAUCGAACAUAAACAUUCGUCCGGGACUUACAAAUUACGAGAUUCUAGGAUUAUAGAAAUCGCAGGAGGCAGAGAAAUCUAUUCUCAAAGCCGAAGUAAAGCUCUAAGAAAGUCUCGAAAUUCACUGGCAAACGAAGAUGGCGAGAAAAAGGGUCAAAAAUCCCCAAUGAGACAGGGUGUAUGGGAACUCCGGGGUCGCAGCGAGGCCAAAAAGCUUCGAAAUUCCCGAGAUUAUACCGAGACAGUAUUUUCAUCUGAAGUAUGUUCAGUGGCUCACGAAAAACAAAGCGAAGAAAGCUCUGUCGAAAAAUCUAGUCCCAUAAACAUGACAUUUCCUGGAGAAGUGGUCGUCUUUGAUGAUAUUGGAGAAAAUUGGCAGACAGAAGAAUCCAAAAGAAUUGAAGACGAACACUCAAAUCACACUGCCACAAAAAUUUUUAAUUCCAGUGAUACAGAUAGUGAAAAAGUUACCAAGGUUAUAGGGAAUUUGCCAAUAGCUGUUUAUGAGGGUUCACCUAGACGUUAUGGACAAAGGCAUAUGGAAAAUAAUUGCUCUCACCCUCAGCUUCCUAGUGCACAAAGCUUAUUAGCUUCUCCCAGUGUUUAUCCACCUAGACCCGGUUUUCCACAAAGAGUUGUUAGCACGCCUAGUCCUGUUGAUAAUGACAGCAACUUAAAUAUUGAGAAUAAUUCAUUUAACAAAAAUUCCUCAUCACCUCCACCAAAUACAACUUCAUCAACAUUUGACUACUUAUACGAAUUUUCUGAAACUCGAAAGGUGUUGGAAGAAUUCUUCAAAUGUCCUCCACCGGAAGAAGAAAAUCGAUUAGAAGUGGAAUUCCAAGAUUUAGAAUAUGAACUGCGACGACAGGCUAGCGACUCAGGCAAUUCAUACGUUGGACAAAGAUUAGCGAAAAAUCUACCAGGGGAAAAUGAAUUUUGCAUGAGAAUAGAUUCUCCUAGAAAAUGUUUGAAUAACACUAAUAUUCCUAAUAUACAGGAUCACGAUAUUACAGAGCACGAGAACAAUUUUUUAGACCUGUCUAUUGGUACAGGGUCUAGCGGGGAUUUAGGAGAAACUGAAGUAGGUCUCCAAGUAGGCCAUAGCAGAAAUUUCACCCUUUCUCCUGAAACAACGGAUUGUGAUUCUAAUUGUGGAGAUUUGGACAGCGAAGUAUCAUUAAUGUUAAUGGAAAAUGAUAUGGGGCCUUCAGGGGGUCUCUUAGGAUCAAAUACAGACAUUGCUAUUCCUAGUGACUCUUUACGUUUAUACUCCAGUAUGCCUGUCUUAGAAGAUGGAUUAUCAUCGGGACAUGCUAGUGACACUGACAACAAUAAUCCAACAGUUAUGUUGAUGAAACGUCAGAUAACUGAAAUUGAAAGAGAAAUCAAUCAAGGCAUCUGCAAACCUAAUCAGACAAGUAAUAAACCUAGUGAAAAUGGUUUGUCGCCUAAGAGUGAAUGUCAUAAUGCUUCUCCUGUAGAUAUUAAUGGUUGUGUUAAUAAUUUUGAAGAACCGAUGGUAAUGUCGCAAACUGACUCUCUUGAGAAAACACCUCCACCUCCAGCUCCAGCCCCACAUCGUUUAAUGCAGGGAGAAAAAUCUAGCGAUGUUGAAGCAGCUAUAAAAGAUAUUCGUUUGACAUUGCAAAGAACUAAAACUCUACCUUUACAGCGCCAUCCCGAAGAAGAUUCUGAAGAAAAUGCAGCUAGCCCCAUUUGGGUGCCCAGUCAUUUCAGGCAAAGGGGCAUGUCAACUGCAAGUGGUGAUUCUGAAAGGAAGGUUAACAGUGGAGGAGAAGAAGAGGAAAACGACACAGAUUUAGAAACAGAUCGACUUUUGGGGCAACAGAGAACUGAUGAUCAAGGAUUUUAUGAUGAUAAGGUUUGGAGAAAACCUAAAAGUCGGACAAUAAUGCCUCCAAUAAGCCUGUCAAACCCUAAACAUAUUCUAAACACAAUGGACGAAGGUACCCUACCCUUAGUCCCAUCUGAAACUCAAAUUUCUGAACCCCCUUCCCCAACAGCUGUCUCUGACAAAAGCCAAUCGCCUCAAAGCCAAAAGGGAUCAGUAUCUUCAAAUAAAAUGAAAAAGGAUAAAGACAAUAAAAAGAAAGGGAGAAACAAGGAAGAUGUUAUACAACGUUCAGUAUUAAUAGAAGGAGUGCUAUUCCGAGCACGAUAUUUAGGAUCAACACAACUAGUGUGCGAAGGUCAGCCCACGAAAACCACUAGGAUGAUGCAAGCUGAAGAAGCUGUCUCCAGAAUUAAGGCUUUGGCCCCGGAUGGAGAAAGCCAACCAAGCACAGAAGUUGAUCUGUUCAUAUCGACCGAAAAAAUCAUGGUUCUCAAUACAGAUUUAAAGGAAAUAAUGAUGGAUCAUGCCUUACGAACGAUUUCAUACAUUGCGGAUAUUGGUGACUUAGUUGUCCUUAUGGCUAGAAGAAGAUUUGUGCCCCAUGAAAUGGAAGACGCUCCUAAGAUAAACAGGACUCCGAAAAUGAUCUGUCAUGUUUUUGAAAGUGAAGAAGCUCAGUUCAUAGCUCAGUCUAUAGGUCAAGCAUUUCAGGUGGCAUACAUGGAGUUUCUGAAGGCGAAUGGAAUAGAAGACCACAGUUUUGUCAAGGAAAUGGACUAUCAAGAAGUUUUAAACUCGCAGGAAAUAUUUGGAGAUGAGCUGCAGAUGUUCGCUAAAAAAGAAAUGCAGAAAGAAGUGGUGGUACCAAAAGCUAAAGGAGAGAUUUUGGGUGUUGUUAUAGUAGAAUCCGGGUGGGGAUCAAUGUUACCAACUGUCGUUAUAGCCAAUUUAGCACCAAGUGGCGCAGCAGCUCGAUGUGGUCAACUAAACAUUGGUGAUCAAAUAAUUGCUAUAAACGGUGUUAGUUUAGUUGGCCUUCCACUAUCAACAUGUCAAACUUAUAUAAAGAAUUCCAAGAAUCAAACUGUAGUUAAAUUAACUGUUGUACCAUGUGCUCCUGUUGUUGAAGUCAAAAUCAAGAGGCCUGAUACUAAAUAUCAACUUGGGUUCAGUGUGCAGAAUGGAGUGAUAUGCAGUUUGUUAAGAGGAGGUAUAGCAGAACGUGGUGGCGUUAGAGUGGGGCAUAGAAUAAUUGAAAUAAAUAACCAAAGUGUAGUAGCUGUACCUCAUGAGAAAAUCGUGAAUUUACUUGCCACUUCUGUAGGUGAAAUACUGAUGAAAACUAUGCCGACUUCCAUGUUUCGUUUGCUAACCGGUCAAGAGAAUCCAGUGUACAUCUAAGUAAAAUCUAACCGAGGUUCGAAAGUGCCUACUUGUAGUUGAUAUUGACUGUCCUUGGGAAUUGUUUUAAGUUUGAUCGUGCUUGAGUCGCAGAUCAAUAUAUUUUUUAUUGUUAGUAUAAGUUCUACAGACUGAAGACAAUACAAGCAAAGAACUGCGCUCUGCACAAAACUUUUGCGCUGAGCUUUCGUGAUAGAUCAUAUCUCUGCUUUGUCGCAUAAUCUAUUUAUUUGUUGUGAACGUGAGCAUACCAAAGACUGUUGGUUGGCUUAAAAGAAUAUUUCAUUCUCAUAAACCCAACUAAACAAAUUAGUCACUUAUUAAAUUGUUUGUGAGCAUGAAAAAUUUAGUUUCACUUGAUGGAAGACCAUGAUUUUCUUCUUAUUUCAUUCUGUGAUCUACUAAAAAUUACACUAAACAUGAUAUAACAAGAAGACCAAAGAAAUAGGUUACACUUGAUUUCUUUCUUACUUUGUAACUAGAAAUUUUAUUAACCUGGGAUUAACAGUUUUAGAUUAUUUAAUAGAUAUUGUUUUCAAUUUGUGUUAAUAUCAUUGCUAAAAAUACGUGAUCACAAAUAAUCCAUGAAAAUAAUAGAAUAAAUUUUGCUAUUAUAUAUGGAAAUUCUACUUAAUUUUUGAAUUUAACAUAAAAUUACUAAUGGUCAAAAUCUUUUAUUUACCUAUAAUGAAUAGUUUUGUUACAUAUACAUAUAUUUUCAUAAUUAAAGUAAAAAUGUCACAUAUAUUACUAAAGAAAAUAUGCAUUAUUUCCAUGACAAUUCAAAUAAAAUCAACAGUAACCUAUUUCCAUCGUAACUACAUAGACCACAAUGUUGCAAAGAAUUUUAAAAAAUUAUUAAAUAUAAAUUUUCUGAUAUCCAAAUAUGCAAAAUUCUUUCCGUGCUUUUUAUGGAAAAACUAAGUAAAUAAAUAUAUUUUGUUUUGUUGCUGUAGAAUGUAUAGAUGUUUGAAAGGAAUUUUAUGUAAAAUCGCAUUAAUUUGAUAAAGAAUGAUUUGAGGAUAAAAUAUUAAGGUUGUUCUUGUAAAGAGACUAUGCUGAGUGUACCCUGUAUAUUAAUUUAAAAAGAGAAAUAUUCCAUUUACCCAACCUUCAACAUGCUGGCUCAAAAUUACUGUAGUACUCUAGUCAGCAUUGAUAGUUUUUUUUAUGUAUAAUUUAUAUUGAGCAAGAUUUAUCUUUGUAACUUCUCUACGUAAAAUGUACUGAUGUAAAAAUAGUUUUUUGCUGUUUUUAAUGUCCACAUCAGUAAAUUUUUUCAGAAUAUUAUCAUAUCGUAAUACCAUUCAACAAGUAGAAACAAAAUAUAUUUUUAGAAUAAAUAUACACAUAAUUAAUGAGAUUAUUAUGAAAUCCAACAAAGCCUUGUGAUAAAUGAACUGAUCUUUUUGCUGCAUAUCUUACAGCGAUUUUGAUCAGUUUUUAAAGUAUGAUUUCGUAGAUAUUGUUUUUCCUUCGAUCAUAAAGCAUUUUGCGAUUGUAGGAAGACAUAUGUUAUUGUAGAGAUAGAGUCAUCCAGGGAGUACUAUAUUUUUAUAUUAAUUAUUGAUUUACAGUAACCUAGUCCAAAUUGAAGUACAAUUUUUAAUUAUUGAAUGGUAGGGCUAUGGUAAGAUUCUGAAAAAAAAGUUAUUAAUCCUUAAAUAACUGUAUUAUAUAUUAUUAAUAGACUUCAUAGUACAAAAAUGAAAUGAAAAACAGUUGGCCCAAAUUGAUCGUUAUAAAUCUGAAAGUAGAACAAAUAAUUUGUGACCGAUGGUCAAAUUUUUUUAUUUUUAUAAGAUGCGUAAGAUUGUGUUUUGGUUUUACUCGCAGCCCUUUUAAAAUUUGGGUUUAUUUGUCUUCUUUAAAUGUUAUAUAUUUAUCAUGAACAAAUACUUUUCUAGGAUUUAGUUUAUAGAUAUGAGCUUUUAAAUAAUUGUACAUUUUAUGUUUAUUAAUUAAUUUGUAGAUUAAGAGUAUUGAAUUUGUAUAUUCACUAAUCUAUGAAGUGUAUUAUGGAGUCUGAUUAACCGUUAUAAAAAAUGUGAAUAUUUUAUUUAUUUGUACAAUUUAGUUAUUUAAAUACUCUUUAUUUUUUUAAAUUAGUUGUAAAUGUUUUUAUUUAUAUCUCUUUGUAUGUUACAACAUAGAUAAUAUUUAUCAUUUUUAAAUUUUUAUGUUAUUAAAUGGAAUGCGUCAUUAUAAUCAUAUUUUUCAUUUCAAAAACCUGUUAAAAAUUAAUCUAACCAUAUCAUGCCUACAAAAACAGUUCCAAUACUAAGUAAUUCAUUUGUCUCAUGUAUUUAGCCAUUCCUUUUGUCUGUAUAAUAAAAACUUAAUGUGUAACAAAUAUUUACAAAAUACAAUUACAAAGCAUA